AUGUCCACUGCAAGUACAUCUUAUCACGGCUCCGCGCAAGACGAGAACGGACUGCGCGAGGUCCACAAGAAGGAUGAAUUUGUCGUCACCGAGACAGACAAGAGUUCCGACGGCAAGCCCGAGGUCAGGCUGAGGAAACAAUUCUCGCUUUGGUCGAUUUUGGGCGUCGGCUUUGGCCUUACCAACUCGUGGUUCGGUAUUUCCGUAUCAAUGGUCACCGGGAUCUCAUCAGGAGGUCCGAUGAUGAUCGUGUACGGUAUCAUCAUUAUUGCAUUGAUCUCUGUCUGUAUUGCUGUGUCCCUAGGAGAACUGUCGUCGGCAUUUCCUCAUGCUGGUGGCCAGUUUUGGUGGUCUUUGAAGCUCGCUCCUCCCAAAUACAAGCGGUUUGCAGCCUACAUCUGUGGUUCGCUCGCUUACGCUGGCUCCGUAUUCACCAGUGCGUCUACCACGCUGUCGGUAGCCACAGAACUCGUGGGCAUGUAUGCGCUGGUUCACCCUGAUUUUGUCGUCAAGAGAUGGCACGUAUUUGUUUGCUUCCAGUGUCUGCAUGUUUUGCUGAUGCUGUUCAACUGCUAUGGGAGAUCGCUAGCGAUUGUUUCAGCCAGCGCGCUAUACAUCUCGCUAUUCUCUUUCUUUACCAUUACUGUUACUGUUUUGGCCUGCUCUCAUGGCAACUACAAUGACGCCAAGUUUGUAUUUGCCACAUUUUUCAACGAAACUGGAUGGAAGAACAGUGGGAUCGCGUUUAUCGUUGGUUUGAUCAACCCUGCAUGGUCGUUCUCGUGUCUCGAUUGCGCUACGCACAUGGCGUUUGAAGUGGAGAGGCCCGAACGUGUAAUUCCUAUUGCAAUUUUGGGAACAGUCGCCAUUGGGUUCGUCACCUCUUUUUGUUACGUUAUUGCCAUGUUUUUCUCCUUACACAAUCUCUCGGCCAUAAGCAGCUCUAACACAGGCGCUCCGAUCUUGGAUAUAUACUUCCAAGCACUCGGAAAUAAGGCUGGCGCACUAGUGCUCGGUUCUUUGGUGUUACUGACGUCGUUUGGGUGCGUCAUUUCGUGCCACACCUGGCAAGCAAGAUUGUGCUGGUCCUUCGCCAGAGAUGAGGGGUUGCCCUUUUCUCGUAUUUGGGCGAGGGUGGAUCCUAAGUUGAAGAUCCCCUUGAAUGCUCAUUUGAUGUCUGGUGUCUUGAUUACCUUGUUGGGCGUUCUGUAUUUGGCCUCUACUACCGCUUUCAACUCCCUAGUCACCGGGUGUAUCAUGUUCCUGUUGCUUUCCUACGUGGUUCCUGUAAUUUGCCUGAUUAUUAAGAAGCGGGACAUCAAGACCGGUCCAUUUUGGCUAGGGAGGUUUGGUUUAUUUUGCAAUAUUGUGUUGCUAGGCUGGACUUUGUUUUCUCUAGUAUUCUUUUGCUUCCCAUUCGUCAUGCCUGCCGAUAAAGACAAUAUGAACUACGCCUCCGUGUGCAUCGUGGGCUAUAUCUCAUUCGCUCUGUUAUACUGGGUUUUGAAGGCUCGUCAUGAGUUCCAUGCGGUGGAGGAAGAGAUUGCCGAAGCCAAUGAUCCAUAUUUGAUCGAGUAG